AUUCAAUUUCAGAUACAAAUAAAAAUGGUGGUGCACACUUUACUGUUUAGAAAAGCAUUUUCUAUCUCAGAUUUAUAAAAAAUAUUUACAUUUAACAGUGUAAAAAAUUUCCACGUUGAAUUAUUUUAUUUCAAUAUGUUUAGUGUAGUUACAAUCCGGUUCCCGUUAUAUGAUACAUUUAUGAGAUUUGUUUACGACAAAUAACAGGUUGUUGCAAAUACCGAAAGCAUCUCAUUUUAUAAUUAUUAGUUACAGUGUAAAGUGCUUGGUUGUGUAUAUUGUGAAAAUUAAUGUAUGAUAAGUGUAUCUGUUGGUGACAAAUUUUAGAUAAAGAAGAGAUGGACUAAUCCUGUAAUAAUCUGCUUGUGACCCACAUCUGAGAUUUCUCUUAGUCGUUUUUUGCCUAUACCUUCAGUGCUAUGUGUAUUCCUACCAACUAAAGUUCGGAUCAUAAAUAAAAAUUGAAGAACCCACCUGUAGAUAUUACUAGUUUUGGCUACUAUGGCCCUUUACUAGGUACAGAUGACUAUUGUGGAAUGAUUUAGAAACUCGAAUUUUAAGGUAUUGAAGGAGUUAGAAUACGUAACACACUGCUCUUAAAUUCCCCAAUAUAAAGCAACUCAUUAAAAGAAAACAAAGUUAAAUGUUAGCUGUUACCAUGAUUACUACUAAAGAGCUUGAAAGUUAGUUCAUGUGAGAUACAUCUGCACGCGGAAAAUCAACGAAAUUAAUUGGAACAAUGACAUGAAAACAUCUGACACUAAAUAUAAUUUAGAGCUACAGGAGACUACAAUGAAGUACAAUGGCAAAUACUGAAAAUCAUAGAUACAUUGUGCAGGUUUUUGUUGGUGCUUUAUCAGCCCAGUAUGAGGCUCUCUCAGUGGAAGCCUCUAAACAAACAAGCUCUGAGGAAAUUGUUUGCUGUAUCGCUGAUAAACUCAAUUUGAAUGAUGGAUCUGGAGGGCCAUAUGAACUGGCAGAGGUGGUGGGUGAUGUGUUCAGCGGGGAAUGCAAGGAGAGGCGGCUGGGGCCCAACGAAUCACCCGUGGCCGUUAUGAUGCUUUGGCCAAAUAAUAACUCUGACCAGUAUUACAGGUUUUAUCUGCGCGAGAAAAUACCGGACGAGCCAUGGAUGGAAAACUUCUCCGUAGACCCGCAGCUGAUAAAGGAUUACUUCCAAAGAUUUCUAUACCAGCCCAAAGAUCGGGAGUAUCCAGAUCUAUGCCAGUUGCCGGAACUCAACGAGCAGACGCUGUUGGACAACUUGAGGGCCAGGUUCGGCGCUGGUUACAUUUACACAUACGUCGGCUCUAUACUGAUAGCGCUAAACCCGUUCAAGUUCUACCCGAUAUACAAUCCGAAGUAUGUGAAGCUUUAUCAGAACAAGAGGAUAGGCUCGACCCUGCCACCGCACAUAUUCGCAGUAGCAGACGCGGCGUACCACUGCAUGCUGCGGGAGAGAACCAACCAGUGUAUAGUGAUAAGUGGUGAAAGUGGUUCGGGAAAGACUGAAAGUACAAAUUUCCUUCUUCAUCAUUUGACAGCUCUCAGCCAAAAGGGCUCUCAUGGAAGCGGCGUGGAGCAGACCAUACUAAGUGCGGGACCCGUGCUGGAAGCGUUCGGAAACGCCAAAACAGCACACAAUAAUAACUCGAGUCGCUUCGGCAAGUUCAUUCAGGUCAACUAUAAGGAAAAUGGUAUGGUCCACGGCGCCGUUGUACAAAAAUACCUUUUAGAGAAGUCGAGAAUAUGCAGUCAGGGACGAAAUGAGAGGAAUUACCAUGUGUUCUACUAUCUGUUAGCUGGUGCGUCGGAGCAAGAGAAGGAACAGUUGCAUUUGUUGAGUAUGGACAAGUAUAACUAUCUAUCGCGGACUGGUUGUAGUGUUGUGCCUGGUGUCGAUGAACAAUAUGAGUUCUCAAGGUUAAAGCAGUCGAUGGACAUGGUCGGCUUCACUAUGGACAAACAGCGGCGGCUAUUUGCAGUACUUUCUGCAGUGCUAUUGCUCGGUAAUGUUGAGUUUCAACAGAGGAAGUCGUACCAUCACGAUGAGGCGGUCGGCGUGCGAAACCCAGAGGUGGUGUUGUUGAUAUCUUCACUGCUCAGGGUGAAGCAGGAGACACUCCUCGCGGCUCUCACGUCGAAGAAAGCCAGGGCGUCGGGGGAAACACUAGUUAUUAAUUAUAGGCUUCCAGAGGCCAUAGCGACCCGGGAUGCGAUGGCUAAGUGUCUCUAUGGUGCUCUGUUCGACUGGAUAGUGAUGCAAGUCAACCACGCACUGCUCUCCAAGAAGGACACACUCCGAGAACACCAGGGCCACAGCAUAGGUGUUCUCGACAUAUUCGGGUUCGAGGACUUCGGGCCGAACAAUAGCUUCGAACAGCUGUGCAUCAACUACGCCAACGAGCACCUGCAGUACUACUUCAACCAGCACGUGUUCAAGUACGAGCAGGAAGAGUACCGGCGCGAGGGCAUCCGCUGGACUGACAUCGGCUUCUCAGACAACACGGGCUGUCUGCAGCUCAUCGAGGGCAAGCCGGCCGGUCUGCUGUGUCUGCUAGAUGAUCAGUGCAAUUUUCCGUGGGCAACAAACGAAACACUGCUGCAGAAGUUCAACUCAGUGCACGAAGAGAACCACUUCUACGAGAAGCCGCAGCGACGAGAGCCCGCAUUCGUGGUGCGGCACUACGCUGGACGUGUUAAAUAUCAGGUGACAGCGAUGCGGGAAAAGAACUUGGAUCUAAUGCGGCAGGACAUUGUGAGUGUGCUGAAGAACUCUUCGAUGGCUUUCGUGCGAGAGUUGGUUGGGGUAGACCCGGUUGCCGUCUUCCGGUGGGCGAUUGUCAGGGCUUUCUUUAGGGGUUAUUUUGCGUUCAUGGAAGCGGGCAGGCGCCAUAGAUCGAGCAGAGUAGACGGCGCGUCUCGACUGCCGCGUCCGUCUAUACACGUUGCCAACGAUAGUAUCAUUAGGAAAAAUAAGUCGUUCAGGCCUCGGGAGAGAGCGAAGAAAGGUCUGAAGAACCUGCAGAGUGUUAAGACCCUGGCUGGCCGAACAGCUGCCGCGGGCAAACGGAAACAGCCGCUCACAGUCGCCGCGCAGUUCCAACAUUCACUCGCCGCGCUCAUGGAGACUCUCAAUCAGGCUAACCCGUUUUUCAUAAGGUGUAUCAAGUCUAACAGCGACAAGGUCCCAAACGUGUUCGACGAGGAGACUGUACAGCGGCAGCUCAGGUACACGGGCAUGCUGGAAACGGUUCGAAUACGACAGGCCGGCUACAACGUGCGUCUCACGUACGAGGAGUUCAUUCAGCUGUACAGGAUACUGCUGCCGAAGGGCUUGCUCAGCUCUCAGUCUGAUGUGAGGCACUUCCUGGCGACGCUAAACCUGGACCGGGAUAACUAUCAAUUGGGUGCCACAAAGAUCUUCAUGAGAGAGAGUGAGCAGACGAAGCUGGAGUACCGGCUGCAUCAACAGAUCAUGGCGUCCAUCAUCACAAUACAGCGCUGGUUCCGGGCCAUUUUGGAGCGAAGACGGUUUCUGGCGCUGCGGAGGGCAUCACACACUAUACAGGCUUACUGCAGACAGUGGCUGGCGUCACGUCACGAGGCUGCGACACUACUACAGGCCUGGUUCCGUGGCAGUCGAGUAAGGAGAUGGUACACGAAGCUACGGUGCUCAACGAUCAGCUUCCAAGCGGCCGCCAGGGGAUUCCUGUUGAGGAAGACACUCCCAGAACUGAGACGAUGCUUGUCAUCCACUAAACGAUCUGAUCAUGAAAAUACAACGAGCAUGCCGACUGAAAACGAUGUGUACAACAAGCAACCGAGUAUAGAACAACUGAAGAAUAUCAUCGAUAUACAGUUAAAUAUGCUGAUUCAAGAAGAGGCAGAAAAAACCAGACAGCUUCGAGCGACCCAGUCGUUGCCCCUCGCAAGUUUGGAGAAGAAAAGGGACAUGACUUUAGAAAUCUCAACAGCGCAAACAUAUCACAAGAGGAAAGUUGCGAAAACCCAAAAUAUUUCCGACAUUCCUCUGAAGCAGGCCAGUCAAAACUCAAUAAACAAAGAAACGAUCGACUCAUUGGAUGAAAGUUGGAAAGCAAAGUCAAGCUACCCGCAAGGUAUUGUGGCUUGGCCCAACAAGAUCACCCCGGAGGAUCUAGCCAAUGAACUACUGUGGCUCAGGAUAGACGAAAAUUAUCUUAUAGCUGAGAAAAAUAAGAUGAGAGAGAGACAACUAGCCGAGUCGAUAGCGAGCAGUAGUGAAGAAUAUCUAAGACAAGUGAGGGACUGGAGUCCGGCUGACAGCUCCGACACCAAUACCACACCAAGCAGACGAACUUCACCACAAGUGUAUCAGCGAAGUCUGUCAAGUACCACGCUGGAGCCGUCCCGCGGCUUGCACAGCCUGCCGCCUGUGAGGAGGGACCCGCGGGACGGACGGGACACGAGGGACGCGACCGACACGCGCCAGGAACACAAGCUGGACAAUUCGUGUGCGGCGCUCGUCCGCGCGGCUGCCGCGCCCGCGCCGCCCGCGCGUGCGGCGCGCCGCGACGCUCGCCGCACGCACGACAAGCUGGACCGAGUGGAGCGGCCCGCGCCCGUCCUAGCCGCGCCCGACCAUCUGGAGAUUAAACGGUCUUCGUCUGACAUACCGAUGGGAGCGGACGCCCUGCGGCGCCGCAACUCAGACCCCGCACCGGAGCCGCGUGCGCCUGAGUACAUCGGACACACUGCCAACGGACUCUUCGGCAUUGCUGGUCACCGAUUUCGAAAAGGCACGCGAUUCGCAAAAGGAGACAAAUGUGUUUACUGCCACCAAGCCAUCGACGCGUUCGUCACUCAGGGACAACGCUGCAUUGACUGCAAGCAGCUCUAUCACACUAAGUGCAUACAGAAUAAGGGUGUUUUUUCAAUGCCAUGCCCGAGUCCGGUAACGCUCGCAAACAGAGGCCGACAUAAAAACAGGAAAGGAAUAAUGCACAAAGAUUCUCCCUGUAACAAUUUGACCGAUCAGUCGAAAGCGAGCAACUUCAGUCUGACGGGCACGUCCGAGUUUACGGACCGGACAGACAAGAUCAUAUCAGACGCGACGGAGCUGCAAGCGAUGCAGAACUUUAUCAAUAUGAAGAUAUAUCUUAUGGAGGCAGCGGAGAGCGAAAAGCAAUCAGAGGUGGACAGGGUAUUCAAACACGCGCUAAGAGAGUUCAAAGAGAAUCUGGUGCCGACGUACAGUGUGGUAGAAACCCGCGGGUCAGCGCUCAAGUACAAAGACCUCAUCGGAAACUUCCUGCACAUCAUGCAGACGGUGUGCGCUAGGGAGGGCUCCGCAUUUUCUAUCACCAUGGGAGUGAACGCGUUCCGGGGAUACAUGGAUGAGUUUAUGAGUCAACACGAGACAGACAAAGCGAGGACCAAGAGAAAAAAGGAUAAAAAACGAAAGGUGGAUGAGCCAAUACAAUACAAGGGUCACACUUUCGUUCUAUCGAUGAUCAACAUUCCGACCGAGUGUGAGAUCUGCAAGACGUUCUUCAUGUGGCCCAUUGAGAGGUCGCUCAUAUGUCAGACUUGCAAACUUGCUUCUCACAAGAAGUGCUAUAACAAGGUGUCAAUCCAAUGUCGAGCGGACGGCGUGCGACGUUCCGCGGCGAUAGUGGGCGCGGUGGACGCAGGAGGCCGGGAGCAGUUCGGAGUGCUCAAGAGGGGAAAGGUGUUUGGCGUGCCGCUUUCUGAGUUGCCGACGGGUGAAGGGAACAUUCCGAUGGUCAUCGAUAGACUCAUCACCACCAUUGAGAUGUACGGCCUCUACACCGAGGGACUUUACAGAAAAAGUGGACUUAGUUCUAAGGUCCGCGAGCUCCGCCGCCUGCUGGACGAGCAGCCGGAGCAGGGCGUGCAGAGUCUGGAGCAGUACGCGGUGCACGUGCGGGCCUCCGUGCUCAAGACACUGCUGCGGGAGCUGCCCGAGCCGCUGCUCACCUUCGACCUGUACGACGACCUCAUCCUCGCCGCGCAGAUCUCCGACCCUCAGGAGCGAGUAUCGAGUAUCUUCACAAUAUUAAAAAAAUUGCCGAAAAUCAACUACGAUGUUGUCGAGAGGCUGAUAUUUCACCUAGCCAGGGUAGCCCUUGGUGAAGAGCACAACAGGAUGGGUCCUAACUCGUUGGCCAUCGUGUUCGCUCCGUGCAUCCUUCGCACGCACAAGGUGCAGCCGGCGCAGGACUCGCUGCAUGACAUCGCGCGACAGACCGCCGCGCUCGAGGCCAUCCUCGUCGACAAGAUGAGCAAUACCCGUGGCACUCUGGCGGACAUCGCGACCCUGGACAAGGCGUGCGCCACGGCGUCGGACCGCCUCACCAUCAUCAGAGCGCGCGGCCAGCCUGCUCAGCCGCGACACGAGGAGCGCAUCCUGGAGGGGCACAUCCACGAGAUAGAGAAGGAGAAGGCCAUCCUCACCUCCAACCUGCCCGCGCUCAUCAGGGCGACGUCGGACGACGACCUGCUGUCGACGGACCACGACGGCGAGUUCGGCAGCACCGACGACCUCAGCUCGGCCGCCUCGUCGCUGCGGUCACAACGCCUGCUGCACCGACAACUCUCCUCCGACGACCCCAUCAUGGUGUGAGGACCACGCCACCACAUAUUUUGGCACUAUCAUCCAAGCUCAACAGCCUUGUCGGUGCUAGUACAAUCCUAACUAGAUAUUAAAUAUUUUAUUUUGAAGUAUAGUGACAACAUUAAAUUAAAUUUGUAACCAAAAUUUAUGUACGAUAUGGGACUCCAACCCGCGACCUCUCGGGUUCUGUUCGAGCGCUCUGCCGCUGAGCCAAUCGUUCUUCGAGUGAAAAACGAUAAUUCGUAAAUCUAAAUAUGUCUUGUUCAACUUUCAGGUUGUGGCUCUAUCAACAGUUGUUACAGAGCGGGUUCGAGUACCGUGUCAUUCAUAAAUUUGCGUUACAAAUUCAAUUUAUUUAAUCCCAGAUGUGAGGGAUAUCAUUAUAAAAAAUAACAAAUUGUUAAGUGACAACAAGUCAAUCUCACUGUUGAAUCGGAUUGUGUUUAUAAUAUUAUUUUCUAUAUCAUAUUACUUCUGAAAUAGAAGGUAGCCUUAGUUAAUAAAAAAAAUCACGUCAGAAUAGGGAUACUACAUUUCAAAGAUAUUGCCGGAACUAAAAAGAAAAUAUACGUAAAAUCAGUUUUAUGUUGUAAAUUACGUAUUUCUUUAAAAUUAGAAACAACUAUUCAAUUCUAUACCCCCUUAUUCAUAAUGGUCCGCUAACUUUAAACAUCUGCUUAGGAGUGUUUUUUCUCAUUCUGACUUAGGUCAAUAGAAGAAGACAGAGUGAGAAUUAGCAAUGCUUUAAGUUAGCAGACUAUUAUGAAUAAGGGGGUUAAUCUAUAGCUGCUCUUUAGUUUUGUUGUUUUAGAACAAGAAAAAGUUUUGCUUCUAGAAGAUGUCAUUAGGAAACUUCUUAUUUCAUUUUGGACGGUUAUGUUAACUUACGUUAUUUCCGGUUCAUGAAAAUGAUGCACAUUUAUUACUUCGAAUGUUUAUUUAACAUGUAUUUAAUCCAAUAAUCUGUUGAGAUCGGCAACAUCGUUUUUAUUUAAUAUAUUUUGUGAUCUUAUGUAUUUAUUCUCAGUGUUGUUUUAUUAUUUAUAAUUUGUAAUAGUGUUAGACUAUCAUCAGGUAAUAUUAAUCAUGUAGGUGUCCAUUCCGUAUGUUUUGUAUCAGUCGAACUUUCGAGAAGCAUAGAGUUUGAGUCUAUGUUAAUAUAUGAAAAUGUUUCAACAGUAAAACGGUAUAAAUCAUCAGUGCUCCGGUGGUUUCUGGCGCAGCGUUGAUUGGCAAUUGAUUUUUUUUAUAGUCCGACAACGAAACAAUGGAGAACAAUAAACUGGAUCGGAUGUGUUUUAUUGUUUUAUGUCCUUAUUCAUAAUUACUUAUCGGAGGUUUAAAACGUCAUUAAUAUACGCUUGUUAAAAAUGGUAUUCAUAAUCAUUCAUUAUUUCCCUGAUAAUUUUUAUCGGACGUACAAAUAAACUUGGUAUAAAUUUAUAAUAGAAUAUGCAAAAUGUUUACAAAAAUUUUUUCAUUUUGUCUAUGAUUCGCUUAUAACGUUUCCCGCGUUUAUUUGCAAGGCUGCUUGAUAAUCGGAAAAGUUCAGAAUUAUCAUUGUAUUAACAGUGUUGUCAGCGAUAUAGUCUUUUUUUGAACGGUCGAUGUAUGAGAGCCUCCCGUCAAUGAUGGGCCACACGGGGAAUUCUUUAAUUUGUUCACACUUUUAACAUUUGACAACAUUUUAACAUUGUGAUUUGUGAGAAGUCUAUUUAUUUUCAAAGAGAAAACUUCUAUAAUUAGAAUAAAAUGAGGGAUUUUCUCGGAAAUGGUAACAUUGUAGGCCAUACGAUACCGGCACAUUCGAGGUUUAACAUAUAACACGUUUUAACAAAAUGCAUGCGUUUAUACCUUCGAUAAGCGUGCUAUUAUGUAAGCGAAAUUUAUCGUCAAGUUAGCCCCAAGCUUUAUUUCGUUGUUGGGCAACUAGGUAGUUUUGCAUUUUUAUGUUUUAUGAUCUAUGGCGGUGUCUUUGUAUGUCCAGGAGGAAAAAAAAUAGUUUUGUCCACCUCAUAACGUCAGUAUCGGGCAAUCGGGUAUAAGCAAAUUUGAUAAUUAGGUUUUAUCUAAUGUGCCAACAUGUUUUGUUUGUUUCUAACAACGAUAUUAGUGCGCUGUUAUUUAACCCCACAUUUUUACAAAUAAUAAAAUAAUAGAUUUAGAUUUAAAAAUGUACUUAGCUUAGAUAAUAGUUGUCAACCCAAUUCAAUGUAUAGUAAUAAGUUCAUUACAAAAUGUAUAUUAAACAUAUUUUUCUUAACAUAUAAGGUUUGCAUCAAUAUUAUAUUUUGUAUGGUACAUAUUCCCCAUGUAAAUAUGUAAAUCUUGUUGAUUGUGAUUUUAAAAUUAGUGCUCUUCUUAUACAUAUUAUAUUGUUCAAGUUUCGUGUUUGUCUAAAUUAUUAUUUGUAAAUGUCUUUGAAUGAAAGUUGGCACCCUCCCCGUGAAUAAUUUGAAUUUCUCUCUUCUAAAAUAUCUAUAAAAUUACAACAAUAUUAUUUAAUUAUUAAUUAAUUUAGGAAAAUAUCAUAUGUGAAAUAAAUAAAUUUAAAUUUGAUGAAAAAGGGGACAAUUAAAAAAAUACUGAUUCUAUACAAUAUAAUAUAUUAUUAUUUUUCAUUAAUUAACUGAAUAAAAUGGAGUAUUAAGUAAAGCCGGUAAGUAGUAGUUCAUCAAAUUGGUGUGUUUUAUACUUUUUUGCAGUUGUAAUUAUUAUAUUUAUAAAAGGUACUAUUUAAAUGAUUGUCUCUCAGUGCUCUUAUUUUAAAUGUUGUUAUUUGAUUGAUAUGUAUGUGUCAAUAUUAUUAUAUUAACCCCUUUAUUCAUAAUGGUCCGCUAACUUUAAUAAGCUGCUUAGGAGUGUUUUUUCUCAUUCUGACUUAAGUCAAUAGAAGAAGACAGAGUGAGAAUUAGCAAUUGCUUUAAGUUAGCAGACUAUUAUGAAUAAGGGGGUACACCAUAAACUUCAUUUACCAUAGAAAUAGUAGACACUGCUUUCUUAAUACUUGCUUUAAUUCACAAAAAAUCGAGCGUCCAGUCUUGGUUUACAAAGACAAAUAUUGUCCCCUGUAUAGUCAUUGUAUCAGUAAUGUUUCAAAAAGGUGUCACUUUUCAUUUGUAAAGUACGAGACUUUAAUCACAUAUAUAAUCAAGACUGUCUAUUUCGUAAGCUAUUGAAUUUUAUUGUUAAGUCACAAAAUAUAUUUUAUCUGUUUAUUAGUUAACUAACUAUAUUUACUGACAACGAAAUAUCUCUGUGAAAUAUUUUAUGUGGCUAUAGCUCAAUUUGGUUUUAAUUAUUUUUAAAUUACUGAGGCCGUUUGCAUUGAAAUAGAGGCAUUUCCAUAAAGGAUUUUAUGUAAAUGGACUUAAGGUUUAUCGAAAAUAAUGGUUACUAACAAGUUAUUGUAUUUUUAUUAGGAAAACUACAAAUUAUUUUUCUGAAUUAUCUAUAUCGAAUUAUUCAAAUCAGGCGCUGUUUAGUUUGUAAAAAAUUAUAAGUACUUUUCCAUAUAAAAAACUGUAGUUAUAUACAAAUAUAGUCUAGGGUAUACUUAGCCCUGCAGCCAAAGCUGAUGGCACAUGGGGUCAGUUUAAAAUCAUCGGUUACCAACCACAUAUGGUAUCACAGAGUGUCACUAAAUAGAAACAAAGCUAUACCAUGUGCCAUGAGCUUUGGUAUGAUGCCAUAAUUUGUAUGCUUUGAUGGAACCGGCGCUUGGAAUCUCAAUGUGGUUUUUAUAAAGCACUGAUAAAUCUUGUGAUUAUUUUUUAAUAUUUGAUGCUUUACUGAGAUGUGACGACAAAUCAAUGACUGUGAUUGUAACUAAAUUGAAUUGUUUUUAAUUACUUAAGGUUGUGCGCCGUACCACUGCACUUUUGUGCAUUUAACAGGAUUACAUCUCAUUAAUGUGUUAUUGUGGUAUUGCAACAACACUUGUGCUGUUACAAUUUUAAAUAUGAUUAAAAAUUAUAGCUAUGUUGUAUCUUGCUUUUAACAAUAGUAAUGUUAGCUAAAUGUUUUUAAUUUAAAAUGUAGUCGUGGCGCAGAAAAUUCGGACUGAUAUUAUGGGCUUACGUCAUAUCCGCUCCUGUGUAAAUGAGGUGAAAAGAUUAUUAUUAGAGUUAACGCACGCAAGCGACACAGACUGUUUGUUAAAGGUCAAUGUCCGACAUUGUUCAUGCUCCGCGACCACACUUUAUUUAGUCUCUAUGAUGUAUAUUUUUUGUACUAUUAAUAUUGACUUCAUGUUCAUGUUGUCAACACUUCAGAAGUGCUUGUAGAUAGAUGUGUAAAUAUAAUAUAGGUUUACUUAGCCAGUUAUAAAUGUAAACAAAUAAUUUAGUUUGUGUCUACAAAAUGUUCAACACUGAUAUCAUAUCUUUUAAAUAAAUAAGCUUAAUAUUUUCUUAAUAAUAUUGAGUGUGGUCUGAACAUAUUCGCUGUUACUUCACUAUGGCAUGUACUAAAAUAUAUUUUGGUCGUUCAACAUCAAUGAAACUGAUAUUAAAUUUGAUAUUCCUGCCAUCUAAAUAUUUCUACUUCAAUGUAUGAUAGUUAUCAUGUUGAUAAAAGCUCUUUGUGCAGAAUUAUUAUAUCCUUAAAUUUGUAUUUUGAUGUAAAUUAUGUUUUAAAUUGUUUUUACCUGUGGCUCUUGUCUUGUAUUAUAGUAGUUAGCAUACCUAUAACAUAUUUUAAGCCCUCGUAAUGUAUGAUUAUAGUGAAUGUAAUCAAAACAUAAUAUUCAAAAUAUGAAACAAAAUUAAACAACUGCUGUGAAAA